UGUAUCUCAGUUGUGUUGUAUACUAAUAUUGCGUAUUUCUAAUUAUAAUCGCUAUUUCAAGUUAAAUAAAAUAUUUAAUCUAAAUAUCAGUGAUCGUGUUAAUCGUGUCAACAAUGUCUGCUAUGGAUUUUGAUUUGUAACGUCGGUAACAGUGUUUGUACGUUAGGUGUUAAAGGACAAAAGUGACGCGCUCUCUUUUACAAGGCAAUAUACAAUACAAGCUAUUAAUAAUUUGCUAUACAUUAGCAAUUUAAAAACUCCAAUUUCUUCCUUAUUUGUGAUGUUCCCGCAUUUCAUCAGCGCGGACGAAGAAAAGAAGACGAUUCUUAUUCCGAGUGUUAAUCUUCUACACUCAAAAAGAAAAGGAAUAUUUAUACACCCGUCUGCUAUGUACAGAAGUAACACACCAAGCUGUCAAAGAAUAACACCGCUGUUGAUAACGAGAAGUUUGAGUGGUUAAAUUGUUGGCACAAACAGUCACGAUGAAACUUCUUGAGAGUGGGCAUUUAGAGGCUCUCAGUAGGGCGCUUUCGAUCCUCAAUGGGGACAGCGCCGUGCAAGGUCGGGUAGAAAGCUACAGUUGCAAAAUGGCAGGCACCGAGAAAGCUUUCUACAAAAGGUUUACGGCUGAUGGUGAGACUACUCACAAUCUCCAAGCACUGUCACCUCCUGAAGGUGUUUCAUACAGUCGCAGCCUGUCUGGAGAUGAAGAUGGAGUAUUAUGUGACACCAUAUCAAGGAAGACAUUGUUCUAUCUUAUUGCUACACUAAAUGCUGCAUUUCCUGAUUAUGAUUUUUCUAUGGCAAAGAGCAGUGAAUUCAGUGCUGAACCAUCACUUAGCUGGGUGCAAGGAGCUGUAGAAGCGGCGCUGUCGACGGUAGGCGGUAUGCGCUGGCGACAACUGCGUCCGGCUCUAUGGGCCGCAAUAGACAAAGAAGUACUUUUGCCUGAAUGCCGUAUCUACAGUUACAACCCUGAUCUAGCAAGUGAUCCGUUUGGUGAACCUGGUUGUCUAUGGGCCUUCAACUAUUUCUUUUAUAACAGGAAAUUGAAACGCAUUGUUUUCUUCACAUGUAGAGCCAUGAGUCCUGUGUGUGCUGUUGAUUCAGGCGUAGACUUCGCAAUGGAUGAAGACGAAGAGUAUAAUUGAAUAUGAAACUGGAGUGUUUAUAUUUUUUGCACUUUUCAUUACACAUUUUAAUGACAAUAACGAAUAUUUUCUUAUCUGUAUUAAUCACUUGUUUAAAUGACACAGAAACUCAGUAAUGAAAAAUGUAAAGUAAAAUAAAUUUAAUUAAUUAUAAUACUGGUUCUUCCCUCCUAUUGGUUUUAUAGUCUAAGUAACCAUUUAAAUUUUGAUUUUUAAGCAAAUAAACGUGAAUAAUAACUUACUAAUUAUAAAUGUAUUUAAAACCUUAUAGUUUGAUAUUUAAAGAUAUCUUGAUAACUAACGGAAAUUCUUUAAAUUUCGAGUUUAAGCGGUAUGUAAUAUUAGUAUACAUGUAAAAAAGUAUUGAACAAACUUUUGAUUUACUUCAUUAAGUUUAUAUUUACCCUAUUUCAUCAAAAAAAAUAGGGUAGAUAAAUACUCUUUACGUCACAGUAAAUGUUGUACAUCGGUUUUUAUUUAAGUAGGUAUGUCCUCAUUCAUUAUUUGGAUGUAGAAUUUCUUAAGUGAGUAAAUUGUUUUUGGAAAAACUGGAACAAUAAAACGUCCAAAUUUUGCAAACUUCCCUACUGUACAAUAGAACAGAAACAAUGUAAUGUAAUUAUUAAAUUAAUAGGGUGCUUAGCAGAGUAUCUAUAUUUAUUGACAGGUUAUAUAAUACAGAAUUAAAAAAAAAACUAGGAAAUUAAAAAAACAAAGAUAAAAUCGUCAAACACAUUACAUAAUAUAAAAUCAGUUUUUUUUAGUAACUACUUAUUUGAUGCUAUUUUUAAUAUUUUUGAUUGUAUUUUAUUUAGAAUAGAUAUAUAAAUAUGGAUUGAUUGAUUGAGUUUAAUUUCUAAGUAAAAUAUCUAUUUGUAACUUUUAUGUGAUGACUUUAUUCUUAUUUCACUAUUUUAAGUCAUAUUUUGUUAUUGCAAAUAUACAUGUUUAUUGUACCGUAAAAUCAGUCAUACAUGGUAUAGCUUAAUUGAUAUAUUUGCGUAUAAUUGGACCUAGCGUAUUCCGUACUUUUGCUACAAAGCACAGACACUGAAUGAUUUCCAUCAGCAUACAUUUCGGAUUUGAAUUUAAAAAUAUUAAUAUUGUCGGAAAGAUUUUAGAAACCUUAUUUUCAAAUAAUUAUCCUACACUAUCAUUUAAAAUAUAAUUUCAACAAUAAAAAGGCAGUCGGCUCUAUUAGGU